AGGAAUGAAAAUAACUCUCUUCGAAGGUUGAGUGCAAAUCGUAGGCUUUCGCCCGGCUCGGCACCCGAGGCCUCGCCGAACUUUGCCGAAUGCGUCUAUGUAAAACCUUAGGUGUCUGCUUGCUUGCAAAAGUGUAUAUGUGAUCGGCGGGGGGGUUUUUAUUCCCAAACUCUGAUCCCCGCAUGCGAACGGAGACGCCGGGCGGGCUCCGAAGAUCGCCGUCCGUCAUGUAAAAUGUGCCCGUGAGCUCCCCGUCGACGCGGCUUCAGGAAAAAAGCACGGAUAUUCACGUAUGGACGUAUGUGAGCCUGCAAUGCUAGGCCUAGGAGUCGGGAGAUGAUCGGAAUUAUUGGCGUCGCUUAGGCCUAACCGUCGUCCUGUUUGCAAAUCGUCGGCAACUUGCGCCUUCCCCGGGGCCGGUAUGGGCCUAGGACCGAUACCCAAGUGCGCGGCGGCGGCCACUCUGCGAGCCGAGGCCGUGUUUUAGACGAGCUCGCGACGGCAGGAAGCGAGCGCUAGAGGCGCAUCGCCCGGUACCACCCUCCCCGACGCCCGCUUCGGAGACGACGACCGACCGUGCUACGCGACUCGUCGUACCCACCGUACCAUGUCUGCACACUCGGGGUCCCAUCCAGUCUCGUCUUCGGCCACGUUCGUCGACAAGAUCGACCCUUUCAAGAAGGGGUCCCUCAAGCGAAAACAGCGCAAGUCUCAAGGAUCGUCGAGGUAUCGGUCGGCCAACGAUGUCGAGCUCCAACCCUUGCCGCUGUUAAAAGAUGUGGCAAGUGGGGAGCAGGAGGAGCUGCUGAUCCGCAAGCUGCGGCAGUGCAGCGUGGUGUUCGACUUCAUGGACCCUGUGGCAGACAUCAAGGGCAAGGAGAUCAAGAGGGCCACCCUCAACGAGCUGGUGGACUACAUCACAGCGGGCAGGGGCGUCCUCACAGAGUCCGUCUACCCAGAAAUCAUACGCAUGAUAUCGUCCAACCUGUUCCGGACACUACCUCCGAGUGAAAACCCAGACUUCGAUCCAGAGGAGGACGACCCCACGUUAGAGGCCUCUUGGCCCCAUUUGCAGCUUGUGUACGAGUUCUUCCUGCGGUUUCUAGAAUCGCCGGACUUCCAGCCAAGCAUCGGAAAGAAAGUCAUAGACCAGAAGUUUGUUCUACAGCUUCUGGAGCUAUUUGACAGCGAAGAUCCGAGGGAACGGGACUUCCUCAAGACGGUCCUCCACCGGAUCUACGGGAAGUUUCUGGGGCUCAGGGCAUUCAUUAGGAAGCAGAUCAACAACAUCUUUCUCAGGUUUAUUUAUGAGACGGAGCACUUCAACGGGGUGGGGGAGCUGCUGGAGAUCCUGGGCUCGAUCAUCAAUGGCUUUGCGCUGCCCCUCAAGGCUGAGCACAAGCAGUUCCUGGUCAAGGUGCUUAUCCCGCUGCACAAGCCCAAGUGCUUGGGCCUCUACCAUGCCCAGCUGGCCUACUGCGUAGUGCAGUUCCUUGAAAAGGACGCCACGCUCACAGAGCAAGUCAUGAAGGGUUUACUAAAGUUCUGGCCAAAGACCUGCAGUCAGAAAGAGGUGAUGUUCCUGGGCGAAAUCGAGGAGAUCCUGGAUGUGAUAGAGCCGACGCAGUUUGCCAAGAUUGAGGAGGCCCUCUUCAAGCAGAUCUCCAAGUGCGUCUGCAGUCCACACUUCCAGGUAGCGGAGCGGGCGCUGUACUUCUGGAACAACGAGUACAUCCUGAGCCUGAUCGAGGAGAACAACCAGGUGGUGAUGCCCCUGAUGUUCCCCUCCCUGUACCGCAUCUCCAAGGAGCACUGGAACCAGACCAUCGUGGCCCUGGUCUACAACGUCCUCAAGACCUUCAUGGAGAUGAACUCCAAGCUCUUCGACGAGCUCACAGGGGCCUACAAGACGGAACGGCAGAGGGAGAAGAAGCGGGAGAAGGAGCGGGACGAGCUGUGGAAGCAGCUCUCGCAGCUCGAGCUGAACCACAAGUCACGGCUCGCCGGCGGCGGAGCGGGCACGCCGGCGCGCCCGGGCACCUCACCGCCCACAAACAGCUCCGUCACCGGGGGAGGCGGCGGUGCACCCUGUGGGAACUAGUUCUCCCGUCCCCCCCUCACACUGACCCCUUCCCGCCCCCUCCUGUCUGUGCCGCACAUGCCGCUCCCCCCCCCUCGCACCCCUUCCUCCCGCCCGGGUGGUCCGUCGGGCGCCUCCCAGACAGCAGAGUCGUGGCGCCGAAUCGUCGGCAUCGCUCGAAGAUUGUUGCCACAGGGCAAGGGCCGGACGCGAGCGCCACGUCAGUGUCGUGCCCUCGUCCCGCUAGAGCCACGAACAAAGGGAACCAGUGCGAACGAGCGUGGAGCACGUGCAGUGCGAUCGCUCGUGCUUACUCUACAAGCACCUAUAGACUGCAGGCCUGCCAAAGGUGCGUUCGCGCAUGCACUGUGCGUGUCCAAAGCUCGUCCGUUGUUUCUGUUUGCCGCUCUAGCGGAACCCGGGCAUUAGGCCAGAACUCGCGUUCGCACUGACUGAGCGCGAGAUUGAGCCGAACACCGGUGCAGCGCUUGCGUUACGAUUCGUGCCCUACGUGGGCCUUCUCCUGCGACGCAGAGAAUUCUGCACUGCGGCUUUGUCGUCUGUGGUUGCCGGAAGAGCGAGAACGACGAGGCGCGUCUUUCGAAAACCGGGCCUCCAGUCAGCGCUUCGUGCCUUCCGCAGCGAUCUAGCCACGCGCAUGCGCUGGAGGUGCACGAGACGCUGAUGCUUCGUCGUAGGCAGGAGGCAGGCGUCGGAGGCGGGGCCACCGAAGCUCGUACCUGCCUUCUUUGCGUUGUCGGCGACCGUAGGAGGCGUCGAUCCGUCGCCGUAGCAACCACUGCCGCCGUUGCCGCGGCGACGCGCGUUCCUGGCACCGAGGAGCGAGGGCAUCCGUCGUUGCCGCGACCGCCGGUACCCGGCGAGAGGAAGGGGAAGGGGAAAGCAGAGCCGAGAAACGAAGUGGAACCUACGACGGUGGAAGUGAGAAAAACAACAGUGGCCCCCCCCCCUCUCUCUCUCUCGCGUCCCUACCUCCUUUCCCUAUUGUCCCUCCUUUGCCUCCCAUUCUGCGAUUGGACUUGCAACGCUGCGGAGAACUUUAGGUGCCGGCUCCUGGAUUGUUCCUUUCUUUCUUUUGUGAUUGUUCCGUUUUUGUUUCCUAUAUUUGUGCUCGGUGCCCUUUUCCUGUCUGCUUGCGCCGCCGCCGCAUCCACUCACCAGUGUCGUCUGCCGCACUCUCUUUGUGUGGAGCCUCUCUCCGCAAACUUUUGUAAUUUUGCUUUCGACGACGACGAAGUAGUUGGAAUGGACGGUACGCCGUUGCUGCCAAGCGGUGUUUUUUUGUUUUUUUUUCUUCGUACACGUGUGUUUCCCUUUUUUCCCCUUUUGGUUGCUCGGACUUCUUUUUAAAACGACAUAUGUAAAGAUAAAACACUGUUUUCGGAUGCAAAAGUUCUUGGCUGGCUCACUGGCUGUAAACUUUGUGGAUCGUUCCUGCUUCUACCGCUACCGCGAUUCAAGAUUGUACCGACCGCUUUCGUUAUUUUUUGUCCAAGAGAUGUGCUCACAAUUGAUUUUCCAUCAAUCGUUUCUGUUUUUAUCGGCAUUUCCUUUUUUUUUUUCCCAUCCUGUUUGCAGUGCAAGGGGGGCAUUUUUGUUACGUUACCGGUGACACAACUAUGGCGUGGACAGUAGCACCUUCGUGACAUUUGGGACCCAUUGUAGGACUUUGUCAUACCAGCUGUGGAAAGCCAUUCAGCUAAUUAGUUGUUUUCUUUUUACAACUUUUUCUUUUCUUUUUUUUUUUAAUAAGGACUAGUUUUUGAGAUACUUAGUGUAGGUUCCCAAGGAACAGCUUAGAAGGUGCAGCGUGCUUUGAUAUUUCAGAUGCUGGACGAAACGUGCAAUUUAGUCGCAUUUCAUGCCAAAUCCUUCCAACCACACGACAUUGUUUGCAUACUCUCGAUUGGGCUGAAUGUCAAAAUGAUGUUCAGCCAGCCAACUGAUCGCGAAGAGAUUAGAGAUUCGUUCCUUUUGGGCUGGCCUGCUUCAUGUUUUGUGCAGGGGUGAGGCCCAGCUAACAUUGAAAAAUGUGCUCUGCUAAGCCUAACGUAACACUACAGUGCAAGGUCUGCCAUCAAGAUCAGUUUGAUUGUGUGAUAUGAUAUGCUGGGCCAUAAAUGGUGACCUGCUGAGCUGGAUAUCAGUCCAUAUUAUACCUGGCACGAAUAACUGUUGGUUUGAGUUUCAGCCGAGCUAGUCCUAACCAUGCUCAGUUGACCUUCACUAAGCCUACUGGCUCUGCAGAGUGCAAGAUUGCCAUGCUAAGUUUUGUGCACAAUUUUGUUUGAUACAAUAUGAUACCUGAUUUAGGGUUCUGUUUUGGCCUAACAUUGCAUGCUACUUGCUUGGUCCGGCUAGGCCUGAUGAUGCAUUCUGCUGGGCCUAUCCUUGUGCAAGGCAAAGAGCAGGCAGGAAUGACAAGGGAGAUCCCAAAGGCUUGCGCACGGGCCACUGGCACUGUUGACACUAUUGUAUUCACUGCCCCAGAUGCUCUUUUUUUUUUUUUUUCCUAUACUUCCUUGUUUUGUUUUUUAUGCGAAUGUUUGUAUUUUUGGUGUUUUCAAUUUUUACAUUGUUUUCAAUUUUCUCCCUUGUCUGAAUUUGCACCAUAGCGCAACCGAGAGCUCAGAUUACAGUCUGAAAGAUCCAAGUUCCACACCUUUAGAGACUGUCGGGCAGGCACGAAAUCGGUCCCUUACCCUAGGAAGGCGCCGCUGAGCUUCAUCCACGUGCGAGCUUGUGCCGUAUUUAUUCAAACCUGCCACGCACUUCUUCGUGUUUGUCAGUCUCUUUGUUUACUCUUUCAGUUCUCAUUCAGUGUUUGCGAACACAGACUAGUACAACCAACCCUUACACCCGCCCACCCCAUUCCUUCGUCGCGUUCCUUUGUACUGUGAUGAUGCCGAAUCGCGAUGUGAAGCGGCACAGGCUCUUUAACCGAGAAAUGCAUUAUACCGACCAUCGUCGUUACUUGGUUUCACUAGCAGACGCAAGUCAGUUAGGCCACUGUGCAAACAUUUGUGUUUAGGAAAGUUGUUUUUCUGUCAAGUUUCCUUUCCCUUUUUUUUUUUAUUAUUAUUAUUAUUAUUUCAUCUAGAGUCUUUUGUUUUCAGAGAGGCACGCACCCCAAAAAUGAUUGUCUGCUUUCGAAAAAUGUUUCGGAAUGUGCUGUGUGUGCUUGUGUAUGUGCGAGCAGGGUUCUUUGGGUCCCUGAACCCUUUGCGGGGCCCUGUUGUUUCUUGAUGAGUAAGGUUUGACUUUACACUAACACGAGAUAAGAUUUCGGAAGAGGCCGUUUAGCAGACGAGCGUAUUGCUGUUAGCAGACGACGCAUUCCUGCGUAGCAGAUGAUGCGGUGCGGGCGCAUAGAAGCUGACGACAUUGUGUUGCGAGCUUAGCAGACAACGACGGGAAGGUGUUUGCGGGUUUGCCGGAGCGCUUUUGUCUCAAAGUUGCGCCGCUGCUUCCGUCUUUUUAACAAGAGAACUAGCGUUGUGUUUCUUUUUUUUUUUUUGUGUAUUAGGCGCUUUACUGUCCCUUUUCCCUCUUGCCCCCCCCCCCCCCCCUUCCUCCCUCCCUCCCUCCCUUAACGAGAAAAUCCCAGCCUCCCCUUUUCCUCCUUUGAAUGUGUAACAUACAAAAAACGAAAAAAAGUAAAUAGCCGCAGUUUGUUGAGGUAGGAAGUUUUGCUUUUCAAACUUUUUGUCUGAUAAACUUGGCCCAGCUCUGCACAACCUUGUAGGAAAGAAGAAAAAAAAAUGUGUGGAGCGAAUGGUUGUUGUGUGAACGCAAACAUACAGAAAAUGUUAUACAAUGACCUGCUGAUGUUUGUUUUUUUCUGUGACCUGUUCUCCAAGAUGUCCCCAUUUUGGGAGUAACAUUCUUUUUUUCCCUUUUUUUUUUUUUUUUUUUUUUUUUUAUAAAGCAUGGUGUGGUUUUGAAAGGCGUCUGGCAGUCCGAAAGAAUGUCAGUUCUGAAAGGAUGAUCCUUUACCUCUUUGUUGUUUUUUUUUUGUUUUUUUUUUGUGAGACACUUUUUACACACCUUAAUUAUUAUUGACCAUUAACCAGUGGCUUGUGAAGCAGCACUUGUCACACAGACAACACACUUGUGAGACUGGGAAACCGUAAUGUAUAAAAAUGAAAGGAGUAAUAAAAAUUUUGUGACAUGUCCACUUUA